CUCGGCCCAGUCCUUUCCGGGGGGUGUGGUCGGCCCCCCUUCCGCGCUUGCGCUGGGCGGCGACGCUCCUUUGUGCUCGCGAGCGGUAGGCGGGCCCAGACAUCUCCAUGGUUACCGGUGGGCCGAGCCGUUGGUUUCCAGAGCAACCCUGGGUACCCACUAGUGUCUGAAAGAGGAUGGGAACGGUGGGUUGAGGGCAGAGAUGCCGAGCGAGAGGCAGUGAGGAGAGACAGACGCAGAGACUCGGGGGUAGGGGGUGCUGCGAGGAGAGACAGUAAACGUAAGUGAACAGACAUAGCGACGGAGACACGGGCAGGACAGAAAGACAUCGGAGAGGGAUUCUACUCUCAGAGAGCUAGACAGUGAUGAGAAGACAGAGGGUCAGAGUCAGGUCUGGGCAGACGUGUGGCAGAACAGUUAGCAAGACGGAGAGAUAUCAGGGCGGGAUGGAGAGGAAAGGAGAGACAAAGAGGGAGAAUAGAUUUACAGCGACAAGAUGUGAAGAUCGAGAUUCAAGGGACAGACAAGGAUCAGGAGUACAUAAGCAAGAGGAAGAAAGGGACAGAAAUUAGAGUCACAGUAAAAUGGAUCGAGAGUUUUCAAAGGCUCAGAGAAGGGUGAUAGACAGCAAGAAGAGAGACAGAUAGAGCUGGAGGGACACUUGAGGAAAACUUGUCCAAAACUUGCCAAUAAGACAAAAAAGAUGACUGGAAGACUUCUAUGAGUUCCCUAGCACGUCCUCUACCAAGCCUUCUUCAGGUCAUCUGAUUCCCUAAGCGAAGCAACUCUUUUUCACUUAACUGCUUUUGAUCAGAGUCCAGAUACUGUGACAUUGGAUGCUAACUUGUAAAAGGCUGAUAGGUUGUAAGUGCUUUCUGUCCAGUAGAAAAAUGUACCCCAAGGUUUUUACCACCCUGUAGGACACUAAGCAGGACACUAAGAUGCCUUAGCCUGUCCACUGCCCUAUAGGGCACUAAUAAUCCGACUUUGCUCUUUUAUAUCAGUGUUCGUUCUUUCUUUCAGCAUCUCUGUUGUUCCUCCUCUCUUACCUUCCCGGAACCACCUAUAUCAUCCUGUCACUUCCCACUGGUGGUGAAUAAAUCACGUGCUCACUCAGUUUGUUUCCAGCUGUUUUGAAAUUUUUAUUUUGACAGUCUGAAGAAAUCUGGUUCUCCAGAAUGGAGGACAGACAUGGAAAAAGAGGAAACAGUGAGACAGAGCCAAGAAGGGAAGGAGGUAGGAUGACGGACAGAAAGAGACUGAAAGUAGAUGGCGGGUGAGACUGGAGAGUGAAAUAAAUCGGCGAGAAAGCCAGCCUUGGAGAGAGACGUCCUGGGGCACCCCCUCCUGGACUCUGCGCUCUGCGGGCUGGCCGCCGAACUACAUUCCCCGGCAGGCUCCGGGGCGACCAGGCGGGGCCCCUAGCCAGCCGUCGGGGGGCGGGGCCCACGCGGCCUCCUCCAAUCACGGUCGUCGCUUGGCGACAUUCCGCCUCCGCCGACAAGAUGAAGGCUGGGCUCGGCCGCCGCCCGCAAGCGUCGCGUGAGGCAGGAGAUACGGACAGCCUGCGGCCCCGCCGGCCUAGUUGAGGCAGCCGGCCCGUGUCGCGGUCCGGAGGUCAGGGCCAAGAUGCCAGCCGCCCUGAAGUCAGUGGGCAAGGGAUGGGAACAAAUAUUCUCUUCCGGGGCCCGGAGAGAGGGAUGCCGGCCUCAAGACCCCCAUGAAGAGGCUGCUGAGCGCAGGCCAGCGCCGAAGCAUCAAGCGGGACCGUAAGGCCAUCAACCUGCAGGUGAAGCUAGAGGUGCUAUGGUGCUUCGAAGCCGGAGAGAAGCUCAGCAGAAUCGGGAGGACCCUGGGACUCUCCACCUCCACCGUGGCCACCAUUCGUGACAACAAGGAUAAGAUCCGAGCGAGUUCCCAGGCAGCCACCCCGCAGGCGGCCACCAAGCUGAUGUGCAGCUGCAGCCUGGUGAUGGAGAACAUGGAGCGGUUGCUAAGCGUGUGGAUUGAGGACCAGAACCAGCGCAAUGUGCCGGUUAGUGUAGUGCUCAUCCAGAAGGCCUGCAGCCUGUUCCAGGAGCUCAAGCAGGCGCAGGGUGGGGGUGCUGAGUCUGAGACAUUCGGAGCCAGCCACGGCUGGUUCGCACGCUUCAAGGAGUGGCACGGGCUGGCCACCCCGGGGGCCAGCGGCGAGGCGGCGCACGUGGAUGCAGAGGCUAUGCGCAGGUACCCGGCGCUGCUGUGGAGGGUGAUCCUGGAGGGCGGCUACACGGCCCAGCAGGUGUUCAACGUGGAUGAGACCCGGCUCUUCUGGAGGUGGCUGCCGGACUGGAAGGUCCUUUCCCCGGCCGAGAAGCCGGCCCCUGGGCUCAGAGCUGCCCGAGAUCUCCUGACCCUGCUCCUCGGUGGCAACGCAGCUGGAGACUUCAAGCUGAAGCCGCUGCUGGUGUACCCCUUGGAGAACCCGCGUGCCCUCAGGGGCUUCUCCAAGCCCAACCUGCCAAUGCUGUGGCGCUCGCACAAGAAGGCCUGGGUCACCAUGGGCCUCUUCCAGGAGUGGUUUGUGUACUUCUGUCCCCCUGUGGAGAGGUACUGCGCCCAGCAUGGGCUCCGGCAUAAAGCGCUGCUCAUCCUGGACAGUGCUCCCGGCCGGCCCGCGAACCUGGACGACCUCUCUGACCACGUGCGCGUGGAGUACCUGCCGAAGAACACCACGGCCCUCCUCCAGCCCAUGACCCAGGACGUGGUUGCCGCCUUCAAGGCCUGCUACCUGCGGAGGCUCUUCCGCCUGUUGACAGCACGGGCGGGAAGUGCAGGUGAGCAGUCGGCGGUCCUGGACUUCUGGCGGGACUACAGCAUCCUGGAUGCUGUGUACAACAUCUCCGAGUCCUGGGAGGAGGUCUCUUCCGCGGUGCUGAAUGGGGGCUGGCGGAAGCUGUGGCCUGAGUGCCUCCAGCACGAUGCUGGCAGCCGGCAGGUGGAAACCCUCUCGCAGAUCCGGCGGCACGUCAUGGCGCUGGCGCACCGUGUGGGUUUCAGCGAGGCGGUGGAGGCGGAUGUGGUGGAGCUGCUGCAGAGCCAGGGCGCUGACCUGUCCAAUGAAGAACUGGUGGGGCUGGAGCAGGAGCGGGCAGCUGGGGAGGAAGGUGAGGACAGCUUGGCCCCCCCCCCCCCCCGCCAGCUGAUGGCCAGGCACCUGGCCAAGGCCCUAGCACAUUUCGAUGCCGGCCUGCAGAUCCUCAGGGACAAUGAUCCCAACCUGGAGUGCAGUCUCGGCGUCUGCAGGGGUGUGAACAACGCUGUCAGCUGCUACCGAGAGCUCUUCAAGGAGAGCGGCCGCAAGUAG